CCUCAUCCUCCAGAUCUCCUCUCCCAUCCCUGCAGCCUAGCUCUCUUUCUCUCAGCGAGCCCAAGCUGCUCUCUCCUCAUCCCCUGCAACCCAACCCUCUUUCUCUCCACGAGCGCCUCUCCCCUUCCCUGUCCAUGACCUUCCCAUCCCGGUCGGCGGAGCUGCUGUUGCUACGAAGGUCGGCGGUGCUGCAAAACGCCGGCGACGAGAUCUCCGCGGCGACAUCACUCCUGCAUACCCCGCUUCAUCCCGGCGUCGGAGUUGCAAUGGACGCUUCACGCGGAGCCGUCGGGGUUGCUUUGGAGCUCCGCCGGGCUGCAAUGGAGCUUGGCCGGAGUUGCAAUGGAGCUUCGUCGGAGUCGUCGGUGUUGCGUUGGAGCUCCGUCGGGGCUGCAAUGGAGCAUGGCCGGAGUUGCAAUGAAGCUUCACCGGAGCUUGGAGCUCCGCCGAAGCUGCAAUGGAGCUUGGCAGGAGCUGCAAUGGAGCUUCGCCGAAGCUUCGGUGAUGUGUUGGAAGCUCCGCCGGAGUUGCAAAGGAGUUCGCCGGAGCGUUAGUGCUGCGGUUGGAGGUCCGCUGAAGCUGCAGUGGAGCUCACUGGACGCCGUCAGUGGCUCGGUGCUACGUUGGAGUCGGUCAGGGCUGCAAUGGUGCUGCGCUCAAGCUGUCACACUAGACGCUGCUGUGACGUUGCUGUCAUCCAAUGGCCAGCAAUGCGCUAAUCGGACGGCUGAAUAGGCGAAUUUCUAAUCAUCCGGCUUAUUUGUAGCACUCGCCAUUGUAAAAACCACCUGCCGCGAACCCAAGCUAUUGCUACAUCCACCUUCACCAUUCAACACCGAAUUCUGUUCUCAAAACCCCAACGCCCCCAAAACGGCAAACGCUCCGUACCGCAUUCUCGGCGUCAUCGUCGUCGCCAUGGCGGGCGCCGGCGGCAGGAGCAGGGAGCGGCUCACGUCGCGCGCGGAGGAGGCCGCGUGGGGCAAGCGGCGGAGGCAGAGGUGGGAGGUGGAGUUCGCGCGCUACUUCGCGAAGCCGCGGCGCGCCCCCUCGACGCCGCCGCCCCCCGGCCUCCGCUACAUAUCCCGCGGCAAGCAACUCCACCAGGGCACCUGGCUCCUGGCCGCAUCCCCCGCCGCCCUCUGCAUCUCUCGGCCCACCCACUCCUUCGCCGCCCGCGUCCUCACCGUCUCCAUCGGCGACGUCGUCUACGAGGAGCACUAUGUGUCUAUCCUCAACUUCUCAUGGCCACAGGUUGCAUGCGUGACAGAGUGCCCAGUUAGAGGGAGCAGGGUGGUGUUCGUGAGCUUUUGUGAUAGGUCCAAACAGGUCCAGAAGUUUGCUGUACGUUUCCCUCGUCUCAGUGAUGCAGAAUCAUUCUUGAAUAGUGUGAAGGAACUCUCAAGCAACACCAUGGAUAUCAUGCCAUCUGGAAGCGACUAUAUUCCUUCUAAUGGACUUCAAUACAGGCCUGAUGAAGCGGUAAGCUUUGAGGAGCCAACUUCUGAUCACAGGACAGAUGCACCUGCUGUUGGCUACCACAUGGAACCAGAUCAGCCUGUUCUUCAAUCUCCCAUUGCUACAAAUAUCAAUAGCAUCUACUCUGGUUUUCCCGAGGGUUACUCUGGCUUCCCUGAGGGCUACUCUGGUUUCGCUGAGGGUUACUCUGGUUCAGUUAAAAUUGAGAGAGAUGGAGGACCCUUUCCAGCAACUAUAACUGAUCAUGCUCCUGAAAAGGCCUACAUACUGGACACUCGGCUUGAUGCUGCUGGUGGAAAUUCGGUUGCUGAUAAAGGAAAGGGUGCUGGUAAAGAGAUUGAUGUUAGUGACGUAACACGUGAUAUUUUGGCAGGGAUAGAGACAUAUGUGGGGGACGACUCUUUUCAUGAUAUGCUGUCCAAGCUCGACAAAGCCAUUGAUGAACUGGGUGGUGACAUGUUGCUUGCCUCUUGAACGCCGCUGAAAGGUCUUACUUGCCUCUGACAAUAUGUACAAAUGUAAUGGUAGUUCGCCUUAGUAUGCCUAAUAUCCAUGUCAGGUCUGCUCCUACAAGAAAUACCUAAGAUUAUCCUUUAUAGCUACAGUCCAGAUGAUAACAUUGUGGGAUUAGCCAGCAAUAUGAUGUAUGCUUUCUCUGAUGUACUAGCACGUAGCAUUGGUCGUAGUUCGACAGUUGACGAAUUAUUAAUCCAGAAGCUUUAGACCUGGGCGUCCUUGACUGUUUCUGUAGGCUUGUUAUUUCAAAUUGAGGGUACGCUCUUUGUGUA